GUAAUAAUAAGUGACCUGUGACAGUGUUAAAAGAAGUAAUACAGUGAUGUCAACGUGUGUGCUUGAGGAGGGUCGAGAUGAGGGCGGUGGUUGCGGGGUUGACUCCAGUGAGGACGAAGUGGUGGAGAGGCCUCGCCGGGAGGUACUGUUGAGUGCCCGCGGCCGUCGGGCGUGCUCAGAGCAGGGUCCUCACCAGUCACAUUAUUUCCCCACCAGACAUGGCACGUCUCACCUCUGGGGCGCCAACGGCGGGCGGCGCGGUUGGAGUCGCAAGCGCACCUCAGCUCCACAGAUGGGCAACACACAAGGUUCCAUGCCUCGAAUAGCCCUUGUGCUUCGGUCUCGACGUAGCUGGCCGGUUGCACCGCAGUCGUAUCGCAGGGCAGCGUAA